GGGGCGAGGGAUGAGUCAUUCCGCUUUAUUCUUCCUUCCCGGCCCCCUCGCCUCCGCACGUCGGCCCCCUCCCGAGCUAGCGCUGCCGAGAACGACGGCCCGGCUUAUCUUCAGACUCCUCCACCAAGCCCCCCGUGGCCUGCGGAGGCGAGGAGAUGGACGAGGCGUGUGGCCAAUAAGGGCUUCUCUUUCCCACCCGCCGUCCAAUGGGCCGCGGCUCAGGGGCUGGGGCGGGACUAGGAGGGCAGGAGGGGGCGAUUCGCGGUUGGCAGGCAGCGCCGCGGCUCGGGGACUCAGAGCUAGAGCGUCUCGGGGAGUCCGCGCUAGGGCGACGCAGAAGGCGCCACCACCGCUACCGCUAGCCAAGGUACUGGACACGGCAGGCCCGUCGGUUACUUCGCCACCUCAGGCACCCGUUGCAGGCGCCGCUGCCUCGCUUCCAGCCGGGUCCCCAUGGAAGAGAUGGAAGAAGAAUUGAAAUGCCCCGUGUGCGGCUCCUUCUAUCGAGAACCCAUCAUCCUGCCCUGCUCUCAUAAUUUAUGUCAGGCGUGCGCUCGCAACAUCUUGGUGCAGACCCCGGAAUCUGAAUCCCCCCAGAGCCGUCGGGCCUCGGGCUCCGGAGUCUCCGAUUAUGACUAUCUGGACCUGGACAAGAUGAGCCUAUACAGCGAGGCAGACAGCGGCUAUGGCUCCUACGGGGGUUUCGCCAGUGCCCCCACUACCCCAUGUCAGAAGUCCCCCAACGGCGUCCGCGUGUUUCCCCCAGCCAUGCCACCACCCGCCACCCACCUGUCACCGGCUCUGGCCCCGGUGCCCCGCAACUCCUGUAUCACCUGCCCCCAGUGCCACCGCAGCCUCAUCCUGGAUGACCGGGGACUCCGCGGCUUCCCCAAGAACCGCGUCCUGGAAGGGGUGAUUGACCGCUACCAGCAGAGCAAAGCUGCGGCCCUCAAGUGUCAGCUCUGCGAGAAGGCGCCCAAGGAGGCCACCGUCAUGUGCGAACAGUGCGAUGUCUUCUACUGCGAUCCGUGUCGCCUGCGCUGCCACCCGCCCCGGGGGCCCCUAGCCAAGCACCGCCUGGUGCCCCCGGCCCAGGGCCGCGUGAGCCGACGGCUGAGCCCGCGCAAGGUCUCUACCUGCACGGACCACGAGCUAGAGAAUCACAGCAUGUACUGCGUACAGUGCAAGAUGCCCGUGUGCUACCAGUGCUUGGAGGAGGGCAAACACUCCAGCCACGAAGUCAAGGCUCUAGGGGCCAUGUGGAAACUGCACAAGAGCCAGCUCUCCCAGGCACUGAAUGGACUAUCAGACAGAGCCAAAGAGGCCAAGGAGUUUCUGGUGCAGCUCCGAAACAUGGUGCAGCAGAUCCAGGAGAACAGUGUGGAGUUUGAGGCCUGCCUGGUGGCCCAGUGUGACGCCCUUAUUGACGCCCUCAACAGAAGGAAAGCUCAGCUGCUCGCACGCGUCAACAAGGAGCAUGAGCACAAGCUGAAGGUGGUUCGAGAUCAAAUCUCCCACUGCACAGUGAAAUUGCGUCAGACCACUGGUCUCAUGGAAUACUGCCUGGAGGUGAUUAAGGAAAAUGAUCCUAGUGGCUUUUUGCAAAUUUCUGAUGCACUCAUAAGGAGAGUGCACCUGACCGAGGAUCAGUGGGGAAAAGGCACGCUCACGCCCAGGAUGACCACGGAUUUUGACUUGAGUCUGGACAACAGCCCUCUGCUGCAAUCCAUUCACCAGCUCGACUUCGUGCAGAUGAAAGUUUCCUCUCCAGUCCCAGCAACCCCCAUCCUACAGCUGGAAGAGUGUUGCACCCACAACAACAGCGCUACGCUUUCCUGGAAACAGCCACCUCUGUCCACGGUGCCCGCCGAUGGAUACAUUCUGGAGCUGGAUGAUGGCAGUGGCGGUCAGUUCCGGGAAGUGUAUGUUGGAAAGGAGACGAUGUGCACCGUGGAUGGUCUUCACUUCAACAGCACAUACAAUGCUCGAAUCAAGGCCUUCAACAAAACAGGAGUCAGCCAGUACAGCAAGACCCUGGUCCUCCAAACGUCUGAGGACACAGAUUCAGAAGAACAGACCCUCCCUUUUCCAGUGCCUUCGGAAAGAUUGCCGCUCCGUAGAAUGAGUCCUUUCUCCUCCACCCUUAAUCUACAGCCCAGCUUCCCCGGGAGAUCCUACUUUGAUUUCCGAUCCUCACCCCACCAGCUGAGCUUGCAUUCCUCUUUACAGUCUCUCAAUGCACCGGGAUGCAAUUUUGAGACGCAAUCUGCACCUUACUCUCAAUUAGUUGACAUUAAAAAGCUGUUGGCAGUGGCCUGGUUUGCUUUCGACCCUGGCUCGGCGCACGCAGACAUCAUCUUCUCCAAUGAUAACCUGACUGUGACGUGCAGUAGCUACGAUGACCGGGUGGUGCUGGGGAAGACUGGCUUCUCCAAAGGCGUGCACUACUGGGAGCUAACUGUGGAUCGCUAUGACAACCACCCUGACCCGGCCUUCGGCGUGGCUCGCGUCGACGUGAUGAAGGAUGUGAUGUUAGGAAAGGACGACAAAGCUUGGGCAAUGUAUGUGGACAAUAACCGGAGCUGGUUCAUGCACAACAACUCGCACACCAACAGAACUGAGGGAGGGAUCACAAAGGGGGCCACGAUUGGGGUCCUCCUCGACUUAAAUAGAAAAACCUUGACAUUUUUUAUCAACGAUGAACAGCAAGGCCCCAUAGCGUUUGAGAGCAUGGAGGGCAUGUUCUUCCCAGCCGUCAGCCUGAACAGGAAUGUGCAGUCUCUUCCCCCAGGUCACGCUUCACACCGGACUCCCAGUUCCUGACUUCUACUCCAGCAGAGCAUCCAUAGCCUAACGAUGUGCUGUGGAGGCGCCAGCUGUCUGUUCUUACCUUCCUCCAAGAGAGCGACGGCAGGGAGUUGAGCCAGCGUGCAGCGGGAUACUGGAGAGUUUGAAGGAGGAGAGAAAAGCUAGUCUUCUAUAGUCUUCACACCCCACAGUUCUGUCCUGUUCCCUUCCAGCCCCUCCACUGCUGUUAUGCCAACAUUUGCCUCCAUGUUCAGCAAUUCUGACCAACAAAGAACCCAGACGGCCCACCAUGUUACUCUGUUUCCACUCCCAAAUUUUGCUUUUAUUUAGCUCAGGUUUUAUUUUUGUUUUUUUUCUUAGGUGAGUUGUAGUUUGUUUCUUUUCAGACCAUGUUAUCAGUGACUUGCUAAACCAACACUGCCAAGAUAUAAUUUUCCUGAUGACUUUUUCUUAAGCUUCCUGUUGAAGGGAUGGUGUAGGAGGGAGGUAGGGAAGGAUGAGCUGAAUUUGGGGAUUACGGCUUGCCUCCUAGAAUGCUCUUGCCCUAUUUGUUCUCACACAGUGUUAGCUCUGCAUAGUUAGUCUACUGAGAAGUUUUACUAUCCACGGAAGCAUAGAAAGAUGAUGCGCUCCACAGUGCCACAAAGGUUUACAGAGGGGUAGGAUAUUUAGGACAGACUAAUAAUUAGGACAGAAAAGAAACCCUGAUCAUAGUAUGAAACUGACAAGUCUCUAGACAUUCAUAGACCAGAGGACUUCAUGAAUUGGUUCAUUUACUCAAUACAUAUUAUUGAUCAAGAACCUACCAUAGACCAGGCACUGUUCUAGAUAUUGGAAACAUACUGGAGAAUAAGACAGGAACCGUCUCUAUCUUCUUCAGGUUUAUUUUCUCAUAGGAGAGAACACCAAAAAUCCAAUAAGAUAAUUAUAAAUCGCAAUAACUGCUACAAAGGAAACAAACAAGGGGCAAAGAUACUCAUUGGCAAGACCUUUCAGAUAGGCAGAAUGAUGCUAAAAAUCCACACAUUCUGGACAUAAGACACAAGUGUUGUCCCUUCUGUACAUACCAAAUCAAUGAAUUUUCAACUGUGCUAUUUUAAUUAUGACACCUGCUAAAAUGACCUUGCCUUUCAUCCUGGAGCCCUUCUUGGAUAGUAGUGAUAUCAGCAUUCUUAUUUGGUAAUGCUGCAAUAAUACUAAGCCUUAAAAACAGAUGGCAGGUGUUUCUUUUUUCCUAGUGGAGAGAAUUCACUAACUGAGGGAGUUACCAUUAGGGACCAGAAGAAAGGGGCCCCUUCUCAGUAACAGGAGAUCUUAAAUGGCAGUCCGUGGCAUUCACAUUCUCAGGAUAAACAUGCUUGUCACCAUGUAUACUGCCUGUGCCUGUUGCAAAUGAAAAACUCAUGCACUCUGCUACCAUUCACAGCCUAACUUUCUGGGGUAGUUCAAAUAAUGUUUGAAGGAAAGUGAAACUUUCUGCUAUGAUUGAUCGCAGAAUAAUAAUGCCUAUUAUAUCUAUAUAGAAACUUGACUUACGUCAGAUUCUUUAUUUUGACACGAAGUUUUAGAAAAUUUAGGACCUAGAAAGAAAUUCUGAUUAGUCGCCUAAAUAUUUGACCGUGAGCCAAGCAAUUCCCCAUGAAAAAAAAGAAUAAAAAAUAAAAGGGAAGUGGUAAGAUGGAAAAGCUAACAAAUUAAGAUUUGAGCAAAAAGUAAUAUAUGUAAAUAGCUAAUUAUUUACAUUUGUGCUUACUUUAUUUACAUUAUUUCUAUCAGCUAGGAUGUUUUUCUAGUUAAGUAUUCCUAAUUUAUUGAAUGGGUGCUAUCCUGUUUAUGUCUGUCUUGGUUUUUCUUGGCUACAGAAAAACUCUGUUGCAGGGCAACACUAGUUUGAUAUUUGAUUUAAUCUCUAAUGAGACUCAAUGGCUGGACCGCAGUAGACUCAUAUUAUUCUUGUUCUUUAUUAAAUUCAUCCUGCUGAUUAGAUUUCUAGUGACUUGUAACACAUAGGUUACACUGAAUUGCAAUUAUAGAUGCAUACAGCUACUGCCCUGGAAAAAAGUUGUCAUUUCUGCUGUGCCAAUAAAUGAUUUUUAUGAGAGAGCA